CAAACCAUUUUUCAACACUAAUAACCUCACGUUGUCUUAAACUUAGUCUGUAUAUAAUACGCUCAUAAUCAUUCAUUAACUCUCCACGCAAACAAGAAAAAACGAAAGAGAGAAAAAACAUGUCAUCUUCUUCUUCUCUGACGCAGAGAAACCCAACUAUUUCGCAAGAGCCAUCAGACUCCCCUCCUCCUCCACAGCUAAGGAGACAACCUUCGAUAUCUCAACAUGCCGUGUCACAGACGCUGACGUCAGUUGCAAACUUAGCCAACCUCCUCCCGACAGGAACGCUACUAGCUUUCCAGUUCCUCAUUCCCGUCUUCACAUCAAACGGCUCGUGCGAGUACUCCACGCGCGUUUUAACCGCAGUGCUCUUAACGCUCCUCUCCAUCUCAUGCUUCCUCAGCUCGUUCACGGACAGCGUCAAGGCUGAAGACGGUAACGUGUACUACGGGUUUGCGACUCGUAAAGGUAUGUGGGUUUUUGACUACCCUGACCCGUCCGGUGUGGGUUUGCCCGAUCUAAGCAAAUACCAGAUCCGGAUCGUCGACUGGAUCCAUGCAGUUCUGUCUGUGCUUGUGUUUGGUGCGGUGGCUUUGAGGGAGAGAAAUGCUGUGAGCUGUUUUUAUCCUGCGCCUGAGCAAGGAACCAAGAAGGUUUUGGAUAUUGUUCCGAUGGGUGUUGGAGUUAUUUGCGGUUUGUUGUUCUUGGUUUUUCCGGCGAGACGACAUGGCAUCGGUUAUCCGGUCACCGGAAACGGAGGUCGCCGUUAGAUCCUUUAUAUUUUUAAUUUCCAAGUGCGUUUAAACAAUUGAUUCAUAUAAUUAUGUGCAAAGGUGGUUGGCUUAUAUUCUUUUUUUUUUGUAAUCAUUUUGUGUUUGUAUCUAUCUGUGUUCCUUCUCAUCUACUUCCUGUAAUUGAUUAUAAGUUUUAUC